AUGUGGAUAAUCUCGUUCUGGUUAUUUCCCGUGGUCGCGGGAUGCAUGUGGAUAGCUACCCUGGUAGCCUUGCUGGCAGCCUGGGCGGCGGAUGGAAAGCCCAUUUACAGUACCAUGAGCGUGGGGAUGACCAUUCCUUAUAUCUCGCACAUUGGCGCCGAAGGACUGAAACCGCUCUUCAUUGUCGGCAGCGUGGUGACCGUCGUCUUCUUGGACUUGGCCCUGCUCUCUGAGCGCUGGCUUCGACAUGCCGGACAGCUCGCGCGGAACAAAGGCCGAUUCGACAAGUCGUGCGCGAUUGGAUCGAUAUUUUUCUCGAUUGCCGGUGCCCUAGGUCUAAUUCUGCUGUCCAUCUUUGACACGAAACAUCACCAUCGUUUGCACCAAGGGUUCUUGGCUAUGUUCAUUGCAAGCUACGUGGUCUGCGCGAUUCUGGUGUGUCUAGAGUACAUCUGGAUUGGCCGGUUCUACCACCCCCAAGCGCGGAUUCUCCUAGUCAGCUUCGGGAUCAAAGCUGCUUUCGUGAUCUGCGAGCUCGCCGUCGCGAUCGCAUUUGGCGUGACCCAGAACUCUGACGAUAAGAAGAACGCCUCCGCUGUUCUGGAAUGGGGUAAGUGCAAGCCUUUGGUCUCCAUGGCUGUUCAGAAUGAAGAAGCUAACCUAGCAGUCGCCGCGCUCAUCUUCGCAUUCUUUGUCUUUUCUUUUGUCAUCGAUCUCCUGCCGUCUGUUCGCACCAAGAGACAUGUUCCUCAGGGCGAGAAGUAUGCUUGGCCGGGCAGGCAGACUGAGAUGGCUGAACGUCCGAUUGACUUCUAA